UUACCGCUACUAUCACAGUCCUUCGCCAUGGCAGCCGCUGUUUUAUCAUUUUUCAUCUGGGCGGGGAUAAAAACUCUUACCUCCGAUUGGUCCGUGUUACAGUUGUGUGACGCGAGUAGAAAGCCACCGAUUGGUUGAAUUUGUAACUGCCUACUCAAACAUGUAAUUGAUUGGUCAGAUAUUGGUGGGUGUGAUAUACCUUCAUGUAUAAGUAGUGUGUGAGCGCAGUUCCAUAUCCUAUGUGAUCGAGUGCAGGAUCGUUUGUGCCAUAGAGAUAAGUCUUCUAGUGCCUAUACAAUAAUACAUCAGCCCUCUUGGUACUGGUAGGAGGGACGUUGGUCUGUCCAUCCCAGAAUCAAAGGUCCAUCCAGGGGGCAAAUAACUGACUGCUCCUCCCAGAGAAGAAAGACCACAAGCAUGGAUUGGCCCACCCAAAGGAAAUAGAGAAACCAUUCAUAAUGGUCAUUCCAGAAGAUAAUAUUACUUUGGAAAUAGUUUCGCGAAGCAAGGUAAAUCGCACAACGAGCCCAGUAACAGAUCCAUCUUAAGUGAGCAAGAGUGGAAUAAUCAUGCAGCAAGGCACCUGCUUUAUCAACUAUGAGGAUUUUAAGGAGUGCUACAGAACCUACAAAAAGGAAACCAAAUCCAUCUACAGCAUUCAAAACAGCACUUCCGUAGAGUACUACAACAGCAGGUGUGGCGCCAAUAUCCGUGAGGACAUAAUCUUCACUCAGGUAAAGUUUUGCUGUUCCAAGCUACAAGGACAUAAUGGUAAAAGAAAGACUCAGGAGAACAUCUGCCCAGCCUACUUCCUUCUGCAGUAUGAUAUAAAACUUGAUCGGCUGGUGGUUAAAGAAGAAUGCACCACCCACAUCCACUCUGAAAAGGAAAAGUUUUCACUCACACUUCCACCUGUAAAAACGGUUUCUAUUGAUUUUGAUGUCCCAUCGAAAAAGAUUUGUGAAGAAAGACCUUCUUUAUCACCGGUAAAGGAAGAUGAUCAAGGAAAAAUUUUUCAAGAUGCUCCAUGCAACUCAAAUACGGACUUGACUUUGGAUGUGCAAGAUAUUGCUGAAAGUCCUAGCAAUGAUAAGCCUUCUGCUUCUAUAAACACAAUUCCGCCGGAAAUACCCGUAGAAGCAGUUGCACGUCUGGCAAAUUUGAUUAUAGACUUCCAAACCAGAGACGUUGGAUCAAAAUCAUCUUUAAUUAUUAACUGUCAACAGCAGCUGGAUCAGCUAUGCUUUCAAACAGGUAAAAUGGGUAGCUUAUUUGAGAAGUUCCCAGAGAGCAUUCUGAUACACAAGGUUGCCUGCAAACAUGGCUACAUUCUGUAUUCAUUCCUAGUAGAAAACAAAGAGCGGAUUGGCAAAGUAGUCAACUUUUCUUUCAUCAAAGAAGAUAAUGCAAGGAACAUAUCCAAUUUGUUUGAAAUGUUUAAAGAUUACAGCCCAGAAUGGGCAAAAGUGAAGGUUAUCUAUAUUGAUAUAUCUUUUGGACAUGUAGAUAUCCUGAAAAAGGCAUUUCCUUCAGCCCAAACUUUACUAUCCGUGUAUCACACUGUGCGUCUCAUUGAAAGAAAAAGUAAGGGAUCCUCUAACUUCAAGGAUUGGCUCCGUAAAUGGAUAGAUGAUGCAAUCUAUCACACAACUCCUGAGAAGCUGAACUUCUUGUCAGAAAAACUGCAGCACAAAUUGGACAAAGACUUGUAUGCCAAGUUGUCCGCAAAUUGGUUCUCAUGUGAGCUGCUGUGGUACAUGCAUGUGAAGAAAGGCUUACAUGCUUGUAACACUUACAUGGAUAGCUUAGGACUAGUGACUGAUACGAUCUCUAGCCUCCUUGCAAAGCAGAGUUCCAUGGAAACUACAAUCCAACAGUUUAUUGAAUCUGCGGACUGUUUCAACAGCAAAGGACUAGAGAACCAGAGGGACGGCUCUUUAGGAUUUUCCAGGCGUACCCCCAAAGUUCCACGCAAGAAUAACAAAGAAAAGCCACAGCACAUCUUACCCUUACCUUUACCUGUUCCACAAAUUGGGCACCUGAAACCUCUGAAGGUUAAAAGUACAUGGAAGCCAUGUCCAUCAUCGGAAAGCUCCACAUUAAGUCUAGAUAAGCCUGGAAAUGCAUUGAUUUUCAACCGUAAGGUUCCUAGCAGACCCCGAGAAAAAUCGAAUACUAUGUUAUUCUCUCUGAGAGAGCACUGCAACGACCUUGGGUUUCAGCUCUGUUUAAAAGAAUGGGAAGUGGUUCAGAAAUCCACCCAUCUCAUAAACGUGAAGACUAAUUUCAUAGCGGUCCAGAUAUUAGAGGAGUCCCAUGCGGUCUCUUUUAAUGGUCAGUCUUGUACUUGCUAUUUCAACCAAUUGUAUAAGUUGCCGUGCCGACACAUUUUGAGCAUGCUUUAUGCCAACAAAAAGCCAGUAAAAGAGGACAUGGUCUGUCUCAGCUGGUUAAAGAGAUACAAACAACCCAUAUCCGAUGCAAAGGUUAGCAACACUAUACUGUACUAUAGUAAAAGCGAGGAAGAAGCCAAGGAAAGGGUGACAAAGAUCAAGAGUCUGGCUAAAGAACUAUGUAAUCUGCUCAUGCAGUGUGAUGGAGCAGAAAUACAGGUCAGGAGCUCUACAUUACAGUUACUAAUGGAUAGGUGGCGGAAUGAAUCAAACCAUAUUAAAGAUGAAUUAGUGCAAAACGAGCCUAAUGAGCUGCCUUACCAGUGGGUAAAGAAGGAGCCGCUGGACGGGGCAGAUAAUUCCGGGUGUUAUGAGCUGUGCAGGCUGGACACUUAUCCAGCCAUUAAGUAAAAGUCACUUGACCUGUCUAAGAUCUGUAAUUAUUAAUUCAACUGCAAUCUUGGACCAUUUGAAAUUAAAUGGAAAUAAUUAUUAUUUAUUGAUUUAAGAAAUGUAAAUUUUGUUGCAGUUUAAAUUGCUUUUUACUGUAUUGAUGGAAAUACUUGAAAUAAAGUUCAGUGACUAGUCUACAGGAAA